AUGGAUUUUCCUGGGAAAGAAGGGCGACGAGCAACUGAAGUGGUCCCGAUUUCGGAUUCAGGCGACAACAGCCAUUCUAACAGCGAUGAGGAGGAAGGAAGUCGGGGAACAUGGGGAUCUCAGAUCGAUUAUCUGCUGUCUAUUAUUGGCUAUUCUGUUGGCCCUUCAAACCUGUGGCGUUUUCAAUACCUCUGCAUUGUAAACGGUGGAGGCGCAUUCGUCAUCCCCUACUUCGUGUGUCUGAUGCUUUGCGGGCUCCCUGUGUAUUUUCUUGAAGCUGCCUUUGGUCAAUUUUAUGGGAAAAGCGCAGCUCAUGUGUGGAGCAUAUGUCCUUUAAUGAAAGGUCUUGGAAUCGGCAUGCUGAUUAUGUCUGGUGGUUCUACGGUUUACCUUACUGUCAACUGUGCUUGGAUGACGUACUACACUGUCACAUCCUGCAGCGCUGUCCUUCCCUGGGCAGACUGUGGUCACUCCUGGAAUACCGAUGCCUGUGUUAGACGUGUUGAAGUGUUGACACAAAGGCCCACUGAACACAACAAGUCAUCCCUCCUGCUAUACAAUGGCACCAGAGAGUUUGGUGAACAUCCAUGGUUGAGAAAUGACUCAUUAUCGCAGACGGCAGCUGAAGAAUUCUGGCAGUACAAGGUCCUUGGCAUCAGUUCAGGAUUGGAUCACUUGGGGAGUAUCCAGUGGGAAUUGGCCUUGUGUCUCUUAGCUUCCUACAUUCUCAUAUUCUUCUGCAUUAUGAAGGGGGUAGUGUCCGUCGGAAAGGUAGUUUACGUGACGGCGACACUGCCAUACAUUUUCCUCACCGUCCUGCUUAUCCGUGGUUUAACCUUACCUGGAGGACUUAAAGGCGCUCUGUUUUUCAUCAACCCAGAUUUCAGCAAAUUACUGCAGAUACAGGUGUGGUUGGAAGCCUGUGUGCAGGUGUUCUAUUCACUCGGCCCGGCGUGGGGAGGCAUUAUAUCACUGGCGAGCUUCAACCCAUUUCAUGCUAACUGUCUCAGGAAUUCAAUCAUCUGUACUUUGGUUUGUGGAGGAACAAGCAUAUUUGCAGGUGUGGUGACAUUCUCCGUUCUAGGAUUUAUUUCUAAUAAAGCUGAUGUUCCCAUCACAGAUGUCUUAUCCUCGGGCCCAGGACUUGGUUUUGUUAUUUACCCAGAAGCCUUGGCUCAGCUUCCGCUUCCUCAGCUGUGGAGUCUCAUGUUCUUCAUUUUGCUUUUUGUCUUGUCACUGGAUUCGCUGUUUGGAAUGGUGGAAACUGUAAUAUCGGCCAUCAUGGAUGAAUACCCUUUUCUGCUGAAGUGGAGAAUGUCUGUCAAUGCUGUGUAUUGUGCCGUAUCCUUCCUGCUCGGGCUCAUAUUCAUCACUGAGGGCGGAAUGUACGUUUUCCAACUGUUUGACUGGUACUUUGGGGCCAUGUUCCUCAUCUUUGCCGGUUUCUUUGAGUGCAUAAUUCUGGCAUGGGUCUAUGGAGUAAAUCGUGUCAGUGCCGACAUUGAACUGAUGAUAGGGAGACCAGUCCCAUUUUUCUUCAGAAUCUCUUGGUGUUACAUCACACCUGCUAUGCUUUUGAUAAUAUUCAUCUCCACCCUGGUCCAGUACCAGCCUCCAACAUAUGGCACAUAUGUUUAUCCCAACUACUCUGCUUCUAUUGGAUGGUGUCUGGCAUCCAUUCCAUGCAUUCCAGUGUUCCUAAUGAUGUUUAUUGCUAUCUACUCGGAGGAAGGGACCAUAAUUCAGAGAUUCAAGAAAUCACUGAAACCGAACAGUUCCUGGGGCCCUGCCGAAUUGAUGUUCAGUGAAUCAAACGUCAACCGACACAGAAACAUGUCUGCUGGAGACAACUUAGUUUCAAUGACAUCUUGUUAACAGCAGUGUCCUGAUUAAGGUUUUCGAAUGUACAACUUUUAGUAUAAAAUUUAACCUUUUGAUGAUAUUUGUAUGAAAUAUUUUACUUUUCAAAUUACGAUAUGUGUGCAUUCGACAAUGCAUGCAUGCACAUGUAUGACUUGUUCCAUUUGUGAUA